AUGAACAUGUUAACCUACAACAACAAUGUUGAUGCUCUUUCGAGACAGAUUUACCAGUACUGCAAAGUGGACGAUUACUCUGGCUCUCUUGGUGUGCAAGAGACUGGGACUAACCAGUUUGAGAACCCUAACAUGCAAGGCUACAACAACUUCAAUGCGGAAGAUUAUUUAAGGUUACUUGGGGUGCAGGACACUGGGCUCAACGGGUUCCAGAACAUGAACAUGACCGGCUACAACAACAACAUCAGUACCACCAAUGGUGUUUCGAAUCAGUUUGUUCAGUUUCCGAAUCAAAGAGCAGGACCGGCUUUUCGAUUUGGAUCGGCUCACACUCAAUAUUAG